AUGACAAACAGCCAGGUAGAAGAGAUUUUUAAGUGUUUAAAUUUGAAAUUAGUGAACGAGGUUCAAAAAGACGUCCAGUUCGAUACUUGUUAUCUUCAUUUCUCAUCCAUUGAAGGUGCGUCUGUGUUUUAUAAUAACUAUAUUAAAAAGGGCAUCACCAUCAACAACAUGCAUUUUACACUCCUUCCCGCCCGAUUCCGUGAUGGCACUGUGGUCACUUACCAAUUCCAAAAAUUAACUUUUAACAACCCGCCAAGUUCCAAUGUUAACGUAAUUCACACUGCUACCACGUCUACACCCAUGCCUUCAACCACGCCUAUACCUACUACCAAGUCUAUACCCAUGCCUUCCACCACGCCUAUACCUGCUACCACGCCUAUACCUGCUACCACGCCUAUACCUGCUACCACGCCUAUACCUGCUACCACGCCUAUACCUGCUACCACGCCUAUACCUGCUACCACGCCUAUACUUGCUACCACGCCUAUACCUGCUACCACGCCUAUACCUGCUACCACGCCUAUACCUGCUACCACGCCUAUACCUGCUACCACGCCUAUACCUGCUACCACGCCUAUGCUUCAUUACAGGCCACUGUUGAUUUCACACCCAGCCGUGAAUGGAGGCAACAGACAAAACUACGAUAAAUCAAAAGAUGGAAAAAUCAAUAUAGUGAAUAAAUUCAAAGCAGAAUAUAAAGCAAAAUUUCCCUUAAGCAAGAGAUGCCCGUCGCUUAUCUUUAUCUUUGACUUUGAUACACUAUGGUUUUCUACACAAAUUACCAAGACACUCACCAAUGAACGAAACAAAGUAUCCAUUGCUCUGAUUAAAGCCAGUGGUGCAGCGAUUACCAAAGAGUUACAGGCGGAAAAUAGCAACAAUGGAAAACAUAUCUUGUAUGAGGAAGAUUCUGACAGUGACUUCUCAAACGGAAAAAGCGAUGAUGAAAAUGAGGCCGAAUUUAUAAAUUCAAUAUUAGUAGAUGAAGGGGCUCCUACCUGUUUGAAAGAAUUCGACUCGUUCCAAUUAAUGCUUACAAAAAGCCGUGCUUAUCCUGGAAUAAAUAUGAAUGACUUAUAUAACCAGAUGUUGGAUAUCUACAAAUGUGGUGCAAGUAUUGAAAAAGUAACGUUUGAUGCCUUAACAGAAUUAUUUAGAGGUAUUGGUGAUAUUUCUGACAGAGACUUAGUAAAAAUCAAACUAUUUAUAAUAUACGAAGAGGCCAAAAAAGAAGAUCGAUAUGCCAGAUUAAACAAACUACCUGAUGAAGAAAUUAUUGAUUAUACGGUUGAAGAGUUAAAUAGAAAGGUAGUAAAAACUCUCAGUACCCGCCCUGACGCUGGUUGCGCUGUAAUCCACGAGAGAAGAAUUGAAAAGCUUACUUGUUUUACUGAAGUGAAGUCAGAAUACAAAAAAAAAAAAAAGGAUACAGUAUCUACCCACCAAGAUCUACUAAGACUGGCUUUGUUUGGAGUAAAUGAAAUUGAAGAUAUCAAUGCUGAAUGCGUUUUACUCAUACAGAUCGUAGGUACUGUAAUAACAAAUUAUGGAUGUAUAAAGCACAAAAAUGGCCCCAAAAUCGUCUUCGAAGUCUCAAAAAUAAAAAUUCCAUCAUCUAUGCAAAAUCUAACAGGAUUUAUUAUGCAACUUGAUGAUUUAAAAAAAACUCAGUAAUUCUUACAACCGUUGUUGUGUCAAGAAAUCCAAUACAACCAGCAAUAUCAAAAGAAAACCUUCAACUACAAUUGUAGAUCUUGACAAAAUAAUCAAUACCCACAAACCAAAAAUUUAAGAGUCUCCACUGAUUUUUGAGCACAAAAAUCUUAUUUAAACUAAUAAAUCAUUGUACUUAUCACCCUUUGUCGUUUUUUUUUUUUUUUA